UGCAGAACAGGAAGAGGUGGAGGUCAGAAGGAGCUGCUGGAGUUCCUUGGUGUGUGUAUGAGUGAAGUUACCGUUACCAUUUUACUAUGUGUGCGUGUCUUAUAUUACAGCAAUGCUGCACACCAGUGGCCAGAGAGAGGGGAGAAGGGAGGAAAAGCCUGUUUACACAGACUGCAAACCGCCUGGGGAAUAAUGCAGGAAAGGAAGUGAGCCGGCUCUCUGUCUGACUGCUCCAACUUCCUGCUCUCUCUCUCUCUCUUUCGCGCACACACACACACACCCCAACCAAGGAGGGGGGGAAGAGAAAGACAGAAAGAAACAAGGGGAGAAAAAUCAGGAUCUCGUUACAGGAGCAACGCAGUGCAUUAGGAGACUGUCAGCAUGGAAAACCGGGGGAUUUUACACAGUUCCCUUUAAAACUGCACCGAGAGGUUGGAAAAGCCCACCAGACUCUGGGCAUGGAGAGUGCAAUCACGUUGUGGCAGUUCCUGUUGCAGUUGCUUCUCGACCAGAAACACGAGCACCUGAUUUGCUGGACGUCCAAUGAUGGUGAAUUCAAGCUACUUAAAGCAGAAGAAGUGGCUAAACUGUGGGGACUACGAAAAAACAAGACUAACAUGAAUUACGACAAACUUAGCAGAGCUCUGAGAUAUUACUAUGACAAGAACAUCAUCAAGAAGGUUAUUGGGCAGAAGUUUGUGUACAAGUUUGUAUCAUUCCCUGAGAUUUUAAAGAUGGAUCCUCAUGCUGUAGAAAUCAGCAGGGAGAGCCUUUUGCUGCAGGACAGCGACUGCAAGAUACCUCUGGAGAGCAGAGAACACCACAAGCAUAACUUGUCGGCCCUGAAAAGCACAAGCCGCAAUGAAUAUAUCCAUUCAGGCCUGUAUUCAUCUUUCACCAUCAACUCCCUGCAAAACCAGGCAGAUUCUCUCAAGCCAAUCAAAACAGAAAAACUGGAGGAGAAACUGGAAGGGACCACUCCUCUCGAAGAAGUCCGAACUGUUAUAAGAUUUGUGACAAACAAAACAGACAAGCAAGUGAUGAGGCCCAUAGUGUCAUUGCCAUCAACAUCUGAAGCAGCAGCUGCUUCUGCUUUUCUAGCAUCCUCUGUCUCCGCAAAAAUAUCAUCUUUAAUGUUGCCCAAUGCAGCCAGCAUUUCUUCAGCUUCACCCUCUUCCUCCCGGUCACCAUCUCUGUCACCUCAUUCCCCCCUCCCCUCAGAACACAGAAGCCUCUUUCUGGAGUCCAGUUGCCAGGACUCUGAUUCUCUUGAGCCACUGAAUCUCUCUUCAGGAUCCAAGACAAAAUCUCCUUCUCUUCCCCCAAAGGCUAAGAAACCCAAAGGUUUGGAGAUCUCAGCACCUCCGAUGGUUCUUUCAAGCACUGACCUUGGCUCCAUUGCCCUCAAUAGCCCUGCACUUCCUUCAGGAUCUUUGACUCCAGCUUUCUUUACUGCUCAGACCCCAAAUGGAUUGCUGCUGACUCCAAGUCCACUGCUAUCCAGCAUUCACUUCUGGAGCAGCCUCAGCCCUGUUGCUCCUUUGAGUCCUGCCAGGCUGCAAGGACCAAAUACCUUGUUUCAGUUUCCAACUCUGCUAAAUGGUCACAUCCCAGUGCCAAUUCCCAGCUUGGAUGGGGCCUCUUCGCCAGUGCUUCUUUCUCCAAAUGCUCAUAAAUCCUGAUGUCUCAGCAAUCUAAGGACUUGCUAACAAACUGAAUUUAACACAGCCAUUCUGAUGGGUUUUAUUUUUUUCUGGGGACAGAGGACACAAAUCAAAACCCUUUUUUUACUACGGUUUGCACUUUUCAUUACAUGGAUGGUCUACUUUUAUUGUGUUUAUCUAGCAUUUUUUUAAAACAGUGGGUUUUUUUGUAUAAGAAUCUGUUGUGCAUUAAAAUGAGUUAUAAUUUUUUAUAUCCUAGCUCUAAGUGUUGAACACUGUUAAUGAAGUACUUUUCAUAAUAGAGCAAAAACAGUAUCUAAAGGAUGUGAAACUUUUUAAUCUUGUAUUUCUGCAUAUUAUGCAUUGUGCUUUUGUAACUAUAACCGGCUGUGCCUUCUUUUGCAUAAUGUUAUAUAAAUGAUUUUUUAUAUUUUCCAGUAUUAAGAUAACGGUGGAAAAAGGAACCAAGUAUUGGACAGCCCCCCUACCCUGCUAGUAUUUCAGUAUUUCCCCUGCAGUAUUCCCCCCUGUAUGGUGCAGUGUAUUCAUGUAACCUUAAGUGCUUUCUAAUUAUGUAAAGAAUUUUUUUUUAAUUUCCUUGCUGAAUUGAGAGGUCAUAAAUGUUUUGGCCAAGAAAUAUGCUUAAGAAUAGGACACUAUUGAGAUAUAGGGGCUUAAAUUCUUUGCUAUAAGAAGAGGAAGAUGGCCUUAAAAAUUAUGUAACCUUGCUCAGCACCAUUCUUCUCCAGUAUUAAUCAUAAUGUCCCCAAAAUACUUUACCUGAAUAUGUCUUGCACUUUCCAGGUUUCUUUCCCCCAAGUGGUUCUUAGGGAUGAACAGUGAGUGGCUCUAGUUUUGUUUGGCUAAAGCUUUUAAAAAGACCGUAGCAUGAUGUGUACCUAUAAGUAACCAGGAAGCAAUGUUACCUCUGAGCUGAGUUAGUGUGGACUAACUCACAGUUUUUAAGAGUCUAGCUCACACAUUUUUGUCUGAACUCAGGAAGGAUGGCCCCAGAGCAAACUAAUUUAUGCAGUAGACAAAUUGCUUGCUCACAACUUUAAUGCCAAUAGCUCAAGAAGCAGAAGUUUUGCUCACAAGACUCCCUAGCUUAGAGGGAAUAUUGUCAGGAAGCAGAUAGUUCUUUAUCCAGAAGGAUUUCAGGAGUAAUUCCUCCCUGUACUAAUCAGAAAUUGAGCAUUCUCAUUUGGCAAUACCAGGCUUUUGGGGCACCCCAACUGCUUAGAACACUGAAGGCAAUGGAAAAGAGUUUGUGACAUAAUUAAUGGGUGACAUGAGAGAAAGAGAGGCAUGAACAGCAUGCCAGAUGCUGUAAGGAGACUUCCUUUGCUGGACCUCAAAAACAGACAUGUAGUAGGCUAGAAGUGAUCAGGGCCCUAUUUGGGGGAGGGUGUUCCCUCCUAUAAAGCAGUAAAAUUAGGAUGACUAAACUCUUCCAUGUUAAGAACUUGUUCACAAAGCAUCUUUUAGGACUUGCAGUUACAGAGGAAUUUGUCCAUUGCAAUCAUAAACAUGAACAUCAACCCCCAAACCACUGAUACUGCAUACUGAAACUUCUAAAGAGAGCUUAGUCCCUUUGUUGUGUGCAAAAAACCCAAAACCACCAUUGGUACAACAUAUGCAGUGCGUCUAGCCAAGCAGAACCCCUGCACUGUUCCUUAACAUGUUAUGUCUAUUUGCUGCAAUCAGGAAGAUAUAGCACAUUCACAGCUAGGCUAACUAAAGACAGUACUCAAACAACAUUUUCCUGAGUCAUAUUCCCAGUUAAUUUGAGAAUUCAUGUAAAAAUGCAGUUUAGCCUAAUUUAAUAUUGGAACCUAGUUAUUUUGUGUGUAUUAGAGUUAUCUAUUUGGUAGGAAUGAUAAACAUUUUGAGUUUUUAGGAUUAUGAAACUGACUCCUGUUUUUUAAAAGUAGUACAAGACUCGAUAAAAGCUGCCACCUUCCUUUCCAAUUGUUCUGAAAUGAAAUCCUCCAAUUUCCAAUACCAUAAUUUCCAGUCUGCUUUUCACCGCAAACAACCAGUCACUCUAAUCCUGGAGGAUGAAGCAGCAUGCUAAAGGACUGGGAGAUUCUGAGGCAUUAUGAGUAAGAACCAAAUAUAAUCUCUGUGCUUUUUCUAUGAAAUAAGAAUUACUUAAAAUAAGUAAUGUCCCUGCAACCAUAGCAAGAAAACAUGGGAGAGGGAGAAAGACAGAAUGAAUACAUUUCUUUGUCUCAGUGCCUUUUAGCAUAUUAGGAACAUCCUUGGCAACAGAAGAGUUUUUGUCUGCUAAAACAAAGACAAUCUAGAAUUUUUCAAUCAUUAUACAAUCACUGUGUAGCAGUGAAAAUUUUGUAACAAAUACAAUACAUGCAACAUUCAGUACCACAGACAGAAUGUUAACAGUGGUAGACUGCAAUAUUAAACAAUUUUUAAGUGUAUAAUAAUUGAAUUUACCAAUUAUUAUACAAUCACUGUAGCAAUGGAAAUUUUGUAACAAAUACAAUACAUGCACAUUGACUACCAAGGACAGAAUGUUAACAGUGGUAGACUGCAACAUUAAACAAUUUUUUUGUGCAAAAAUCUACAGUCUGUAGGAUGGUUUUGGGGAGACAUACAUUACACACAGUAUCAUACUGAAAGUGCUGGGCUUUCCUUUUACUUAUUUUUACAUUAAUGUCAAAAAGUACUAAUACAUUAUUAAUUGCAUUAACAGUUACAUUAAUUAACUUCAGCUAAGUUUCUUCCAAUUUAUACUGAUUAAAUCAUCUGGGCUGUGUUUCAUCUUUUCAUUCUCAAGGGGCACUGAAAUAUUUCACAAGAUUUGUGCUGAAGUGAACUUCACAUCAAAAGCAGCCUUGAGGCUACUUUGCAGAAGCAUCCCUGGGAUUCUUUUUUUCUUUGAAAACAAGAAAAACGGUUCUAACACACUUAUCAUUUCAUAAUGUCAUAGCACAAUUCAAGGGUUUUGUUAGGACUAAAGAAUGAACAUCAUGAAAUAAGAAACAUACUUAAAAGUGAUCUUACCUUUGAUAUAUUUUCCUUAAACACCAGAAGACACACUUAAUGAAAGUCUGAUGUCUUUUCCUACUGCCCCAAAAUAUCACACCUAAUCCGUUGUCUACAACCAACCCUCAAGUUUAUCCAACAGAAGGCUCCCUUAACUGAAAUGUUUACAGUUCAUCAGUAAAUUAAAAAAUCCCAGAACACAAUCCACAUAUCUUUUAUUUGGAUCAACCAGAUGACACAAAUUUGUGUAAUGUAUAUGCUCCUGAUAAAAAGUAUAUGGAUUGUGGUCUGGGUUUUUGGAUUUUUCAUUUGAAACAAGAUGGCUGAUGACUUUUUUGAAUAAAUGAAGCUACCCAAGCAGUGAAAUGACUGUACAAACUCACAUUGUAUGACAGAAUUUUUAUUAACUGUUAGCAGCAUUUUUUGCAAGCGUAGUGCCUGGAAUGAUGGGCUGAGCAAGGCAUUAACAGCCCAAAAUAUCCAUCUGGCCACUGAUAAAUGUCCUCCAGAACUGAGAAGUCCUUUAAUUUUCUUAAUUCAUUCUUUGCAUUUGUAAACAUUGGAAUAUCAAAGUUAUUUACGCAACCUACCUCACAGGGCUGUUGUGAGGAUCAGUGAUAUUUGUACAAUUCUAUAAAAAUUAAAAGAUUACUUAAGUGGC